UCUCCAAUCUUCCGAAGUUUCUACAGAAAAACUAACGACUUUAUACUUUAUAGAACAGAACAAUCUAGUCGAAGUCGAAUCGCAAACAACUGUACAGAACGCAACAGCAGAAGCCCGGCCACCUCCUCUCCGAUUCGGGCCCACCGGCAAUCACCGUCAUUGUAUACGAAAUUCCGAAUUUUCUCAACCGUCACACGGUGUGACUCACACCGGACCACUCAUGCAUUUGGCUUUCCGAUUCCCCCACCUACUCUCCAGAAUUCUCCACCGCACACGCUCACAGCACACUUCCCACCGCCGCCGCUGAAAAUAUGAGCCUACCUGCCGGACUCCACACUGAAUUUCUGCUCCCGCGUUCAGCUCUCCACCGGCGGACGAUCCCUUCCCGCCAGAACCAGCGCGCGUGGAAACGACGCCGUCUCAAGCCACUCACUCUCCGGAGCCACUUAAAUCCCUUCGACAGCAUCUUCCAUAGCUUACUCUCCCAAUUCUCUUCUGCGAACUCGCUCAAUCUCAUCGCCCCAACCCUCGGCCUCGCCUCCGGCCUCGCCCUAUUCUUCUCUUCUAGUUCCCCCAAAUUUCCUGCCGCGGAGCCUCCAUCAAUCGGAAAUUCAGAUACCGACAUAGGUGAGUGGAUCCUGUUCACUAGUCCCACGCCUUUUAAUCGUUUCGUGACGUUGCGCUGCCGUUCGAUUUACUUCCCCGGAAACGAAUUGUUGGAGAAUGUGAAUGAAAAGCUUGUCAAAGAGGAGAGGCAUUAUGUGAAAUUGAACAGUGGGAGAAUGAUUCAGCUUGCGGAGGGCGAUGGUGAUGUUGAUGAGAAUAUGGUGUAUCAGAGGAUUUGUAUCGACACUGAGGAUGGUGGAGUUUUGUCGUUGGAUUGGCCGGUAAAUUUGGACUUGGAGGAGGAGCGUGGGUUGGAUACGACUGUGUUGAUUGUUCCAGGAACUGCCGAGGGGAGUAAUGAGAGGAAAAUCAGGGUAUUUGUGUGCGAUUGUUUGAGGCGUGGGGUUUUUCCGGUUGUUAUGAAUCCAAGAGGAUGCGCAGGCUCACCAUUGACUACUGCACGGUUAUUUACAGCUGCUGACAGCGAUGAUAUCUCCACAGCUGUACAGCAUAUAAACAAGAAAAGGCCAUGGACAACGUUAAUGGGAGUUGGCUGGGGUUACGGUGCAAAUAUGUUGACAAAGUACUUGGCGGAAUCUGGGGAGAGAACACCUCUUACAGCUGCAACAUGCAUAGACAAUCCUUUCGACUUGGAGGAAGCCAUGAGGUCGUCAGUCUAUAAUAAUACCGAUUUUAAGCAGAGACACGUAGAUGGCUUGAUCAAGAUACUUCAGUGUAACAAGGAAUUAUUUCAAGGUCGAGGAAAGGGAUUUGAUGUUGAAAGAGCUCUAUCAGCAUCAUCUAUUUGGGAUUUUGAUACAGCAAUUUCGAUGGUGUCUCUUGGAUAUGAUACCAUUGAAGAAUUUUAUGCAAAAUCUAGCACGCGAGAUGUUGUUGGCAAAGUGAAAGUUCCUGUUCUUUUUAUACAGAAUGAUGAUGGAAAAUUUCCGUUGUUCUCUAUCCCUCGGAGUUUGAUAGCAGAGAACCCAUAUACAAGCUUACUUCUGUGUUCUUAUUCACCAUCUAGCAGGAUUAUGGAUGACAGGUUCACGUUCUCUUGGUGCCAGCACCUCACUUUGGAGUGGCUCGCAGCUGUUGAGCUUGGACUUUUAAAAGGCCGCCAUCCACUUUUGCAAGAUGUUGAUGUCACCAUAAAUCCUUCAAAAGGUUUAGCAUUGGUGGAAAGUGGAGCUUCUAGUAAUAAGGAAAGAGUUGACAAGCUCUUGAAUCUAACUAAUGGGAAUUCUACAGCUUCUCCAUUAGAGAUUUUUCAGGCAAAUGAUACCACGGGCAUCCAAUCAAGAUCUGCAAAAGAUAUAGGAGGAUUGCCUCCUAUAACAGAAGUGUUGCAAAAAGGUGACAAAAAUGUAGGGAAACAAUCUGUAGAAGAAGGAAUCAACUCUGAUAAUGAAAGAGGACAAGUGCUACAAACCGCAGAAAUGGUUGUGAAUAUGCUUGAUGUGAAUAUGCCUGGCACUCUGACAGAUGAUCAGAAGAAGAAGGUCCUUAACGCUGUGGGUCAAGGAGAGACAGUUAUGAAAGCUUUGCAAGAUGCUGUACCCGAAGAUGUUCGUGAAAAGCUUACAUCUACUGUUUCUGGAAUUUUGCAGAGUCGUGCGUCUAAUCUAAAAUUUGAUAAACUCUUGAGUCGUGGACAAACUCCUGAUGUGACAUCAGACGAAGUGCAAGAAAAAACUAGACCCGCAAAAUCAAAUAGUGAUGAAAAUGUUCACUCUUUGGACCAAACGAAGAGGACUAAUGACCCUGGAAAUGGUCGUGCUAAUGUUGAUCGUAGCUCUGACGAGGCUUCCGGGGGGGUGGAAUCAGAAAAACAUUCACCAGAAAUUUCACAGAAAUCAAACGAAACAGAUAUAGAUCAAUCGACCAGUAACCAUGUAAGUAAGACUCCUGAUCCAGAAAAGGUGAACCUGAAUGACAAGGAAAAUUCUUCUGAAAAUGAUCAAACAUCGGGGGGUAGUAUUGCCAAAAUUUCUGAUAAGGAAAAAGUGUUAAAUUUAAAUGCUGAUCAAGAGCCUGAUGGAGCUAAGGGUAUUGUUGCGGACCAAAUGAAAGUGGAAAGAGAAAGCGGUGAAGUUCGAUCAGACCAGAUGGACGAGAAAAAUAAGCAAGAAAAUGAUAUUUCAGUCGAUCAGAAUAAGAUAUCUGAAGCCCCUCACACAGGGGAAACAUCUUCAGAUCCAUCCGUGAUUCAAAAGGAAGCAGAAAACAAUCAGCGGAAGGGCGGUGAUCCCCCGAGCUUCAGCGUCUCUGAGGCAUUAGGUGCACUAACAGAAUUUGAUGAUUCCACCCAGUUUGCUGUUAAUAGUGUAUUCCAUGUGAUUGAGGACAUGAUUGAUCAGUUGGAGGUGGAUAAGGGCAAUAAAAAUGAAGUGAAAAAUCCAGAUAAUGGAAGUGAAUUAAAUGAAAUCAACGAGGUAAAGGAGAGUGACUACUCCGUAUCCAAGAAUCAGCUCAUGGAAAACAAUGAUGAAUCUUCUUGGACAAUUGAUCUGAGGAUUAAUGCUAGCACGCAGUCUGGUAAUUCGAACGGUACUACUUUGCAUGAUCCACCAGGAUCUGGCUACAAAGAAGAACCAGAGUAUUUCACACAUAGGGAACACUCUGGUAAUAGUUCUGAGAUAAACAAUACAAGGAGCCAAGUUGGGAAUGAAAAUGACAAUAGUUUUGUGCCUGCAGCUGGAGAACUUUCAGAAGGGAAUUUCUUGAAUUUUGUUCCAUAUGAAGACCCACUUUACAAAGAAUACCUCCAGAAGUAUCUUGAUUUGAAGAUCAGAAAUGAAAAACUUGCAGAUAUGGCUAAAAUGCCAUCUUCGUAUUUUGAAUACGUUCCAGAAGAAGGCCGGUGGAAGCUUUUAGAAAGGAAGGAAGAUAAUACUGCUUCUGCGGAUGAUGAUGCAACUCGUGAAGGUGGUUUUACAGAACACCAGGCCGACACACAGCCAAGAUCUGAGGAUGCUGAUAGAAUCAUUGAACCCACUUAUGCAAUAUUGGAUUCUGGUAAAGCACAGCACCAAACUGAAGAACUUACGGAAAUGAGCAAUGUCAAUGAAAAUACUGAAUUUCGUGAGAUCGAAUUCACAGACUCGAUGCAUUUCAUCAAAAAUCUGAUAAUAGAAUGUUUAAAUGUCGAAGUUGGUCGUAGAAACAGUGUGGCCGACGUGGAAGAAUUGGACUUCGAACUUGCCAGAGAAACAGAGUAUGUUGCAAAUGCUGUAUCCAUGGCAGCAGUGCAUGGAGUAAAUGACAAUCUGCUGGAAAAUCCUGGGACCCUUGAUGGAGAUAAUAUAAUAAAAGCUAUUUCUUCUGCUGUUCAGAAUACCCAAUAUCUAAGAAGAGUAUUACCUGUUGGUGUUGUUGUGGGUGCUAGCUUAGUUUCCCUGAGAAAGUUCUAUGAUGUUGCUGUAUUGGAUGGUAAUGACGAAAAUAAUUUGGCCCGUGAUCAUGUUGAUAAAUCGACAGAGAAACUUGUUCAAGUUAGUGAAAAGGAGAGUGAUGAAAGGGUCUUAAAGAAAACAGAGGAUAAAGAUUAUCUCGCCAGUUCAGUCUGUGAAGAGGAGGAGGACAAUAUUGUUCUCGGAAAUUCUAAUAACAAUGGAGUUAUGGUUGGUGCUGUUACAGCUGCUCUGGGUGCAUCUGCUUUAUUUGCGCAUCAAUCGAAUACUGAAACUGGCGGAACUUUGGGUGAGCCCUUGAAAGAAAAAGAAACCAGCAAAGUGCCCUCGAAGGUUGAUGAAAUGUCUGAGAAAACCGAGAACAAUAUAGUCACAAGCCUUGCAGAGAAAGCAAUGUCUGUUGCUAGUCCCGUGGUGCCUACAAAGGAAGAUGGAGAAGUCGAUCAGGAAAGGUUGGUUGCAAUGCUUGCAGAACUGGGACAGAAGGGGGGGAUUUUGAAACUUGUUGGCAAAGUUGCUUUACUUUGGGGUGGAAUACGUGGUGCUAUGAGUUUAACUGACAAGCUCAUAUCGUUUCUUCGCAUCGCUGAACGUCCAUUGGUCCAGAGGAUCCUUUGCUUCAUUUUACUGGUCCUUCUUCUAUGGUCACCUGUUGUGCUUCCAUUGCUCCCAACACUAAUACAAAACUGGGCAACACAUAGCCCCUUUAAAAUUGCUGAGUGUGCUUGCAUUGCUGGCCUUUAUGCCUCCGUCAUGGCUAUGAUUACAUUGUGGGGCAAAAGAGUUCGCAAGUACGAUGAUCCUCUAGUGCAAUAUGGGCUGGAUUUGACUUCAGUUCCAAAGAAUUUUCUGAAGGGCCUGGUUGGAGGAGGAGUCCUUGUUAUUACGAUACACGCUGUGAAUUCCUCACUCGGCUGUGCCCAUCUACAUUGGCCAACUACUCUGUCUACAUCAUCUGCAGAACCUGUAGUAGCAUUAAUUAAAUCGUACGGGAAGAUGCUUAUGCUAAUUGCUCAAGGAAUCGUCACAGCAGCCGGUAUUUCCGCUGUGGAGGAAGUGCUAUUCAGGUCAUGGUUGCCUCAAGAGAUCGCUUCUGACUUUGGGUAUCAUUAUGGAUUAGUUCUCUCCGGACUAAUAUUUGCUUUAUCUCAAAGGUCAAUGCGGGAAAUUCCGGGGCUAUGGUUAUUAUCUCUAAGCUUAUCUGGAGCUCGACAUAGAAACGGCGGAAGUCUGUCACUACCAAUUGGAAUUCGGGCUGGGAUACUUUCGUCCAGUUUCGUCUUGAAAACGGGUGGAUUUUUGACCUAUCAGACAAACAUUCCUCCAUGGAUUACCGGAGGCCACCCUUUUCAGCCAUUUAGCGGAGUGGUUGGUCUCGUCUUUUCUUUGGUUUUGGCAGUUGUUCUCUAUCCUAGACAGCCACUUCAUAAGAAAAAGCCAAUCAGAGUCAUCAGAGGGUAAUAUGUUUUAUUCUUGAUUCACGCACAAGCUGUUUUCGAUAUGUUCUCCGAUUUUGAACCGGUGAGAAAAAUGGAGCUGAAUAUAUCGUGCCUCGGUUGGACUUUGCCGAUAUAUUAACACAGGCAACGACGACCAAAGAGGAGAGAGAAGAAAUACUUGAAGAAAAACACAGUUAAAAUGCAGUUGUUCUAUUGUUCGGCUAGGAUACUCGUAGAACUCUAAAUGCUGCCCACUUUAAGUAGGAAAUAUAUACGCAAUAAAGUGAUACUAUGUAUAGGAAAGUGUUAAUGCUCUCAGUUGUAGAUGUAGCUGUUUAUAAAUCUCUGGCUCCAGUUUCUGUAUUCUAUUAUACACUCGUCGGGAAUUACGAGUGAAAUUACACGCAACUUGCCAAGAAAG